UGGCCGUGCGUCUUUUCCGGGAAACUGAAGGAGCGACGUGUGGGAAGGUGUUGCUUGAGGAAAGGCGAAAAUGGCGUUGUGGGUGCGGGACCUGCUGGCUACUGGAGCGCAGCCGGUACCUCUGCCGGCCGAAGAUCGAUCGGUUUGUGGUUUACUCCGCGCUCGUUGCCGGGUACAGGGUCUUCCUGAAGAUCACUUCUAUAUAAAGUGUAAUGGUCGACUUGUUAAUUCUGAAGAUGUGCUACAAGAAGGAGCUGUUUACAGCCUGGAACCAAGACUGUGUGGUGGAAAGGGAGGUUUUGGAUCUAUGCUCCGAGCACUUGGUGCACAAAUUGAGAAGACAACAAAUCGAGAAGCUUGCAGAGAUCUUAGUGGAAGGAGACUUCGAGAUGUUAACCAUGAAAAAGCAAUGGCUGAAUGGGUGAAGCAGCAAGCGGAACGUGAAGCGGACAAGGAGCAAAGACGUGUGGAAAGACUGAAGCGCAAGCUUGCGGAGCCGAAACACUUUUUCACGAACCCAGACUACCAGCAGCAGUGUCACGAGAUGGCAGAAAGACUAGAGGAUUCUGUUCUCAAAGGCAUGCAAGCGUCUUCUAGCACAAUGGUCUCGCCAGAGAGCAGUGAGAGCCGGAAACGGCCAGCUGAUUCUGAAAAGGGAGCCACGUCUGAGAAAAAGAAGUGCUUUUGGUUAGGGGUGGAAGGCUUGGAGGACCCUGACAGUUCUCAAGACAGCAGUAGCAGUGAAGAUGACGACUCACCUGGCACAUCAGGAAGUUGCACAGUGUCAUCUGGCAACCAUGUGAAGAUGGUGGAAAGUACAGAACAGUGUCCCAACAGUUCUGAGGAUUCCAGAAGCUGCUCUUCAGCCUCUGAUGCAGCUGAGAAUUUGCAAGAAGAAGGGAAGGGUGCUAAAAAGGAUCUGGUAGAGGAUCCACCUAUCACUGAAACUGCAGCUAUCGAGAAACAUGAACCAGCCAGGACAACAAAGGACAGAGAUCAGGCGCAUGCUUCGGAUACGCAGGAACCUGUGAGCCAGUUACAGAGCACAGAGACUUCAACAAUAGAUCUUUUGGAAUUCAACUCUGUUGCUGAACUGGAAGCCAUAGGACUAGACAAGCUGAAGUUUGAGCUGACGGCUUUGGGACUGAAAUGUGGGGGCACGCUGCAGGAAAGAGCAGCACGGCUUUUCUCAGUGAGGGGUCUGCCGAGAGAUCAGAUAGAUCCUGCUUUGUUUGCUAAGCCUUCAAAAGGGAAAAAGAAAUAAAUUUUUUAACUGUGGUUUUUUUAGUUUUUCAAGAUUCUUCAUAUUCUGCUGUUUUUGUAUAGUGGUCUCUUUUCCAGGAAAGAAGAGGCAAAUUUGUUCAAUCUUUAAAUACAGUUCUCAUAUGAGUAACUAUGGGGGGAGUGAAAGUUUUUGCCUGCUGACUCAUUGUUGCUUUCUUGAUUUUUGUGCAAGUCCUGAUAGCUUUUGCACAAUAAGAUCAUAGCAAGAUGCUAUUUUUGUUUUUUUACAUUGAAGCCUGUUUGCUAAGAGUAGUGAGUGGCAAAUGUUUUAAAUCCUAUAAAGUUGUUUAAAAAUUAAAAGAAAAAUUCUAAGAAUGGCAUUGGGUGAUACAGAAGAAAAUGAACGAUAGGAAAGAAAUGCUGUAUGUGGUUGUAUGAAUAGUUAAUAAAAGCCAAAGCUACGGACUAUGGGUUGAA